AUGGCGACAGAUUCUCUCAAUCCGUCCCUGGCCUCGUUUCGUUCCCGCCGUUCCUAUCCGUCAUUGAACCACACCUCCAUUACGCCACUGGCUCCUCAAUUCCCCGUCGACGAUGGGAACGUAGAGGACUCGAACGAUUCUGCUUCGCACAAUCUCCACCAUGCUACCAACCCCACGGGGACAUCGUAUCUCUCCAGUUCUUCCGUCCCAGGUACACCGUCUCUCCUCUCGCACUCCCGGAGCGGCUCCCGUGUCGGACGACAUGCACGAAGCAAGAGCAGUGGCGGUCUGCGAUUUGGGAACCCCGAUCUUGGAUCGCUACAUCGUCAAGGCUACAGUGACGAAAGAAGUAAUAGUAGGCUGACGGAUCAGAAUAAUUACCACCGCCAUAAUCAUAAUCACAACCACCACCCUCAUUUUCACCCUCCGCAUCAAGACCCGGAAUGGAUGCUCCGUGCCGGCAUAGCACUUGCGGAAUCUACGCGUGAAGAAAAGGGCCAAAGCUGGCUCGCAAAACGGGAGAGCUCAACGAGUUUAGUUUCGGACGUUGAUGACGUCUCCGCAUCCCACCACAAUCAUCAUCAUAGAUCCGGCAGGAAGACGACGAAAUCUGGCAAAUCAACACCAGGAGCAUAUUCAAGACGCGGCUCUCGCUCUCGCAGAGGCAGUUCAUCGGGCAGCCGAUUCGAUCUCUCCAUGACCCAGGGAAUUGCCGAUGUCGGAUUCGCGCAUAUCAGCUCUUCGAGACGGUCACGAUCAGGUAUCGCCAGUCCCGCUGCAAGUAUGGGAGGUUUCCCAGGUUUCCCAGAUUUCGUGGACGAGCACGUUCGCGCCGAGAUGGCCUGGAUUCAACAAGAACAAGACCACGACUCCCGCGAUGGUCUCUCUUCCCCAGCAUCAUCAUCUACAUAUGACGACGAGUCCUACUCGGAAGAAGACAUCGACGAGCAGGAAAUGCGCCGUCUCACGCGAGAGCGCGGCUUUGGAUUCGGCGGAUGGCUGGAUCGUCUCGUCGAGUGGACACUGUUUAGCGUCGAUGAUGGCCCUUCACCACCGCAGGAUCUCCGGAAGAAGGAUGAGGAUUCUGUUGCUGCUGUAUCCCGUCAGAUAAGCCAUGAUAACUAUCAUGAUCAUAACGACGCCCAGAAUGACGCCGAAGGGAAUACCAACGCCCCAGAUACACCUUCCAAGACCAACCCCCCUGACGACCGUGAUAGGCUUCAGUCAAAAAUGACAGAUGAUGACGAUGAUGAUGAUGACAGCGCUGACGAAGAUGCUCUCUCUACAAUAAUAGAGAAGCCUGGAGACGAAGGCGGGUGGCAAGAUGCUACAUGGCUUCUUCGCGUCGUAAAGCAUGCUUUAUGA